AACAUCACAUACGCCAUGCACCUCGCUGACUGCACUCAUGUCACCCACAGCGCUGACUGUUGGUCUUUGUGCUUUGCCCAUAGGAACUUCCACUACAUCACCAUCCUCCGAGACCCAGUGUCCCGGUACUUGAGUGAGUGGAGGCACGUCCAGAGGGGGGCAACAUGGAAAGCAUCCCUGCACGUCUGUGACGGAAGGCCCCCAACCUCCGAAGAGCUGCCCAGCUGCUACACUGGGGAUGACUGGUCUGGCUGCCCCCUAAAAGAGUUCAUGGACUGUCCCUAUAAUCUAGCCAAUAACCGCCAGGUGCGCAUGCUCUCCGACCUGACCCUGGUCGGCUGCUACAACCUCUCCGUCAUGCCUGAAAAGCAAAGAAACAAGGUCCUCCUGGAAAGUGCCAAAUCGAAUUUGAAGCACAUGGCAUUCUUCGGCCUCACUGAGUUUCAGCGGAAGACCCAGUACCUGUUUGAGAAAACCUUCAACAUGAACUUUAUUUCGCCAUUUACCCAAUACAAUACCACUAGGGCCUCUAGCGUAGAGAUCAAUGAGGAAAUCCAAAAGCGGAUUGAGGGACUGAAUUUUCUGGAUAUGGAAUUGUACAGCUAUGCAAAAGACCUCUUUUUGCAAAGGUAUCAGUUUAUGAGGCAGAAGGAGCAUCAGGAAGCUAGGCAGAAGCGUCAGGAACAACGCAAAUUUCUGAAGGGGAGGUUCCUUCAGACCCAUUUCCAGAGUCAGGGCCAGAGCCAGAGCCAAAGCCACAGGCAGAAUCCGAGUCAGAAUCUGAGUCAGAACCCAAAUCUGAAUGCCAGUCAGAAUGUGACUCAGAAUCUGAUUCAGAAUCUGACCCAGAAUUCGAGCCAGAAGGAGAACCGUGAAAGCCACAAGCAGAACCCAGGCCAAGAGCAGAGCGAUGGCAGCGCCAGCAACAGCACCAAUGAUUACAUAGGCAGCGUAGAGAAAUGGCGUUAAGUGGCUCCCAGAGGCCUUUGCACACUUGUCCCAAAGCGCCAGUAGAGAUACGGCAGAUCUUAAAACGUGAGACUUUCCAAACACAUCCUGCUUCCUUCAGUUUGGAAGUUAAAAAAAAGUUAAGAUGUUGCCUUUACAGUUGCCUUUCAAUUAAAUGUUAUACUGUGCGUGGGUAAAACAACUGUCAGCAUGUAAUUAAAUUGCCUCUUUUGGGUUUGUUGGAGUAUUUAUAAAAUCCAAAAGCCAAACCAGACUCGCCAGAAAUUGCUGUUUCGAUAUUUUAAGAAAUGCUUAAAUUAGCUAUAGAGACAAAAUGAAAACAUAACAUGUGGCCAUUCAACUUUGGCUAAGAAACAUCUCCAAAUUAUUCAUGAUACACUGUUAAAACUUGCUCUUGGAAGCAAACAGUUGUUCCCAGGGGUAAGCAGGAAUAUACACAUUUAAAAAACCAAAAUUAACCACAGAACCUUUUAUUUUCUUCUGAUUUUAACCAGGAAUCUAUUUAAAUGGAAUAAGAACUGAUGGUAAAUCUUACCAAACUGUAGAAAUGAAGAUUUUUCUCUCCCAAACAUGGGCAGUUUUAUGUAAGAAAUAUUGGCUUUUCAAGUAGAACAGGAUUCGUAUCUUAUUUAAGAGAUGUUUAGAAUUUUCAACUUUUUCUACCUUCUACUGUUUAAAGGUUUUAAACAGGGUGUAUCUCAUAGUUAACAAAAACACUUUUCUCCCAAGUGAAAUACCAGUGUAGAGAUCUAAUUUUCAGACGCUCUCUGGGCACUGUAAUUUCAACAAUUCUGGAAUCUUGUUGGCGCUGCUUCUCAUUCAUUUGAAGGCUUCUCCGAGUUGUGCUCAUUCCAAAAUAACCCAUUUAAAGAAUCUUUCUUCAUCAUCUAAAUGGUGUUUUGCUGAGUUUCUUGUGAUAUAUAAUCCUGGAUUAAAGUCAGGACUUUCUUUCUAUAGAAUUGUCUUAUCAAUGUUUGUGUAGUGAGGUCCUUAUCAAGAAACUCUUGAACAGGAUAACGUGUCUAAAAACAUUGAAGUUAUUCUUGAUCAGAUAGAAUUGAACCUGAAUGUGAAUGAAUUGUUAUUGACUUUUUGUACAUUCUUAUUGUGCCAUUUCCAGUUGGGCUGGCUGCUUCUAGCCCAUUUGUUCUUUUUUGUGUUGACAGAUUGUAGACAAUUACGAGAUGAAAAAAAAAAAAAAAAUGGUAGAAUAAGCAUUAGGAUAGCCAGUUAUUCGGUAACACCAAAAGCUGUAUCUCGAUACUUUGGGUUAACCCUAUACCCGGUUUUGUUUGAAGAAAGAAGAGAAAGUGUUCUGCAGUGAGGUUGAGUCUCAGGAGCAUAUGCAUUGAGGAGAGUGAUUUCAUAUUAAGUCUCUGGACAAACACUUGUAGGCGAUCAGUUAUGAAUCAAGCAGGGCGAGAAGAAAGAUGCCAGCACCCACUGUGCUAGCAAGCGUCGUGAUUCUGGGCAGUUUCCAUUUUAUGGGUUUUGCUAUACUUUGUAGGGACCUACACUAACCCCCUGGCUGUCGAGCCAACAAGACAACUGGAAAUAGCAUUGAUGUUUUCAGGAGCGACACGCUUAGAAGUGUGACGAUAAAGUCACAUCUUGUACAAUCCGCUGCUUAUAUGCAUGAUCUAGUCUCAUCUGUAAUACUUAUGGCCACAAGCUAGACAAGAAGCUGCGUAUUUGGGUUUAAAAAUAAAUUUUCUUGACGCUGAGCUUGUAUCACUAUAUCUGAAAUGUGUUUUAUCUGACAGUAUUGCAGUCCUGGGAAAUCUGAGAACUGAAGAACUGAAAGGAAUUUUUUUUUUUUUUUUAACUCAAACAUACCUUGAAGUCAACGUGUUUUAGAGUGAAACUAUUUUGUGUACAUUGUGUUUUUAAAAUAAAGAUCCUGUAGAUCACUGUGGUAUCUCAGUUUUGUUUAGUUUUAAUUGACAACAUUUGCUCUUAAAACGGUUAAGUACCUUUGGAAAGCAGGAUGGAGCCCGAGCCAGUGGAAAUGUCUGUUACAGGGGGAAAAAAAGGAAAACCUUUUGUGUUAUUGCUGUGGUGUGCAUGGCUUGCAGAGAUUACGUGCAUUUUCUCUGUCUAUACUGAUUAUUGUACAUAAGGGAUGUUUAUAAAUACCCGUUUUUGUCAUCAUCCUAUAAAUCCCAUGAUUUCAACUGUAAACAUCCGUUCAGUGGUGUGGCUUUACAAACAAUUCACUGAUUUUGUGUAAUUUAACAACAGAUAUGAAAUAAAGUUUAAAUUACAGACUCUUA